UCACAAGCACCUCAAGCUUUGUAGCAACUAAGCAAGCAUCGAUCGACCAUGGCUUCUGCUCCCCUGAAGGUUCCCCUUGCUCCCCUCCUCCUUCUCCUCUGCAUCGGCCUGGGUGCGUGCGUGGCUCGGCGCAGCGACUUCUCCAUCGUGGGCUACUCGGAGGAGGACCUGUCGUCGCACGAGAGGCUGGUCGAGCUCUUCGAGCGGUGGGUGUCCAGGCACCGGAAGGCGUACGCGAGCUUCGAGGAGAAGCUGAGGAGGUUCGAGGUGUUCAAGGACAACCUGAAGCACAUCGACGAGACCAACCGGAAGGUGAGCAGCUACUGGCUGGGGCUCAAUGAGUUCGCCGACCUCACGCACGACGAGUUCAAGGCCACCUACCUCGGCGUCAGGGCCGAUCAUGAUCUGUCGCCAUCGCCAACAAGGAGGAGCUUCAGGUACGAGGACGUGGCUGUGGCGGGCUUGCCCAAGACCGUGGAUUGGAGGAAGAAGGGCGCGGUCACCGAUGUCAAGAACCAGGGCCAGUGUGGGAGCUGCUGGGCGUUCUCGACGGUGGCGGCGGUGGAGGGCAUCAACCAGAUCGUGACGGGGAACCUGACGGCUCUGUCGGAGCAGGAGCUGAUCGACUGCGACACGGACGGCAACAACGGCUGCAACGGGGGGCUGAUGGACUACGCCUUCAGGUACAUCGCGGCCAACGGCGGCCUCCACACCGAGGAGGACUACCCCUACCUCAUGGAGGAGGGCACCUGCGAGCGCAAGAGGAAGCAGCAGGCACCUGGGCACGACGAUGUGGUGGUGACAAUCUCGGGGUACGAGGACGUGCCCAGGAACAACGAGCAGGCACUGCUGAAAGCGCUCGCGCACCAGCCUGUGAGCGUCGCCAUUGAGGCCUCAGGCAGGAGCUUCCAGUUCUACAGCGGGGGUGUGUUCGAUGGUCCCUGCGGCACGGAGCUGGAUCACGGGGUGGCGGCCGUCGGGUACGGGGCGGCGGCCGGCAAGCGGGGCCACGACUACAUCAUCGUGAAGAACUCGUGGGGCGCGCAGUGGGGCGAGAAGGGGUACAUCCGCAUGAAGAGGGGCACCGGAAACCACCAGGGCCUCUGCGGCAUCAACAAGAUGCCCUCCUACCCAACCAAGAACUAAUUAACGUGUUAUAAUUAACAUUUCAAGAAAUUAAACCAACAUUAAUUUGCUGCUGCUGCUGCUUCAUCGAUCAGUUGCAUUUGAAGAGCUACGUACUUGAUUGGAUUCUGGUUCUUGCAUGUUUCCCUUCAUGCUCUCACAUCCCAUCAUCUUGCAUAUAUUGUUUUCAAUAAGGAGAGAUCGACUACUGUAUUGGUUGCAAGAUUUGGUUAAGAGAUGAAUUGGUACGGUGUUG